UUCGUACUAUUAAGCCAUUACCAGUUGAAGGCUAGACGAAUGCGGAGUUGUUGGUUUUAGCUUUAGCAAGACUGAGGGAAAUUACAGUUGUUUGUUAUGAAGAGAGGUCUGAAGAUGUGUACUAUCGAAAAAAUCAGAGUGAAAGGCUCCCGACCAGGAAGAAUCACCAAGUCGAAAGCCGUUCGAAAUUUAUUCGGAACAACGCCUAAUGAUCACGACAGUUGGCUCAAACAAGAACUUGAGCAAGCGUUCCUACAAGAUCGCAAGAAAAUGGAAUCUUUAGGCCUAGAUCCAGAUACUGGAAUGCCUGCGGAAAAUAACACAAGCAGAUGGGAAUGGACUGCUGUAGAUGAGAAUUCUUGCCCAAAAAUAUAUAGAUCUAAGGAUAUAUUGUCAGGAUUUGUAAACUUAUCAACGAAUUCGUCAACAUCAAUUGUUUUUUCUUCUGAAAACAACAGACUACUAGAUACUGUUGCGAGAAAUAACAUAGUUUGCAGUACUACUACUACGAGUACUAAUACUUCAACCGUAAACCAAGACGCCUCACAAACACCAAAGCAAUACAAACAGACUACAAUAACAGAUUUUAUGCCACAACGCCGACACCGGGUAGGCCUACUAAGAGACCAGCUUUCACCUAUAUUCCGAUCUAGUAGCAGUAGACAAAAGAAUUUAGAAACAUCAGUACAAAACUCUGCAAUAAAUACACAAGAUUCGACUACUGUUACAGAAGCCCAAUAAUUGUGAAUGAUUAUUAAUACUUAGAUGAUGUUGAGGUAUUCUCCCUUGAGAAUUAGAAGACCCAAGCGAAGCGAUAGUGGUUGCUGGAAAAUUGCCAAUUGAAGCCUGGAAAUGUUGCUGGCACGAUGACAGAUGUAAAACGCACCACAGGCCAAGAACCGUAAUGAUUCAACUUUCACCCAAGACAAAUUUUCCCGCCAAUUUCGGAGAUUUACAGUAGCGAAAUAUGAGAAGUCUCUUGCUAUUUUUACGCUAUGACAAAAUAGAGACACUAUUCUAUUAAACACAUCUUAAUAAAUUUUUAAAUAUAUUAUAUGAACACUGUUGUAAAUAAGUUUAAAAGUGAGUCUAAUUUAUUUAUUCCUAAUUAUAGAGGUGACAGAACAUUCCUUGGUUGCAUCAUACUCUGAUGUGUUUUUCAUGUUUAUUACAAACCUGAUGAUGUUAUUACGGAGAGGUUAACCCUGUGCACAACCCCAACAACAUCCGACCACACAGACGACUAAAGUUGGCGAUAGGGCUACUGUAUGGGAAAGGAUGCUUCUCUACGCCUAGAAAAUGCGAUGAUAUCUUUUUGCAUUUAGGCUGAAAUUAAAUUAAAUAGAUAUAAGAUAUAAAGAUAUAAGUUUCAUUUUUCACAUUACAAUUUGUAGGACAGAAGUGGAUGUCCACAGUGUAAUAAUAUAACCGGUUUAAAGCCUACCUACUUUUUAUAUCAGGCCAAUUAACAAAAAUGACUAUACUUCUCGUCCUUUUUUGCUGGCGCCUCGAAUUUUGCCAACAUUUCAAUAUUUGUAUUAUUGUUAAAAAAUAUAUAGACUUGUAAUGGUGGAGAUUUUCACAUUCUGUACUGACCUGUGUAGUUUAUGUUUGUUGUUGCCAGCAUAACGAAUUAUUGCCAUGGAAACACUUAAGGCAAAGAGGCCUUUAAUUUAUAGAUUGGACGAAAAACUAUACAUUUUUCCUCAUGGCCUUAAUGUACCCUGGUAGUGGUAGGAAUGUGUUUUGUUUUUUUUAUCGGCAAGCCGUUUCAGUACUUUGCUGCUCCCCUAUGAUAAAUAUUCAACGGACUUUAGAAGCCUAUAAAUGUGGCGUGAUGUUCGUUCUAGUGCAAUAAGCCAACAAGCACAUGUGUCAACAUGCGAAAAUAAUGACUUGUCAAUUGAGGUGUACAUGUAUGUAUACGUACUCCUUAAUUAUGAUGUUGAUUGAUUUCCCUGUGGUGUGGGUUCGAUGAGCGUGUGUAGUGCUCUCUCCUUAAGUAAGUUAGCUUAAUGUUGUGUCAUCUUUAUUUAUUCAGAAAACUUAUAUAAUAAUAAAUAAUAUAAUGAUGAGCAUAAAUUAAAAUCACAUAGGCAUAUGAAA